AUGGCCAAGACCCCUGCCCCUAUUGUGUGCUGCAGCCCUAAAUGUGGCAAGGAGACCGACUCCACCCUCAAGUGUCCUAUCUGCGCCAAGGACGACGUUUCCAACAUCUUCUGCUCGCAAACUUGUUUCCGUACCGCGUGGGACGAGCACAAGGCGAUCCACAAGGCUGAGAAUGGCGCUGAUUCGUACGAUCCAUUCCCUAACUACGAAUACAGUGGGAAGUUGCGCGCGGUGUACCCGCUCACCGCUAGAAGAGCCAUUCCUAAGCAUAUCAAAAGACCAGACUACGCCGACCACGGGAAGCCACUCUCGGAGAUCAAGAACGACCGAACCAACAAGAUCCCAGUGCUCACCGCUAAGGAAAUUGCUGGUAUCAGAAAGACCGCCAAGGUUGCGAGAGAAGUGCUCGAUGUCGCCGCCGCCGCUAUCAAACCGGGUAUCACCACCGACGAGUUGGACGCCAUUGUGCACAAGGCAACCAUCAACAGAAACGGGUACCCAUCGCCGCUCAACUACUACAACUUUCCAAAGUCUGUAUGCACGUCUGUCAACGAAAUUAUCUGCCACGGUAUUCCGGAUGCCAGACCGUUGGAGGAUGGCGACAUCAUCAAUUUGGAUGUGACCGUGUUCUACUUGGGCUUUCACGCGGACAUGAACGAGACGUACUAUGUCGGUGACAAAGCUAAGGCAAACCAGGAGGUCGUCAACUUGGUCGAAACCACCAGAGAGUGUUUAGACCUUGCGAUCGCCACUGUCAAGCCGGGCCUCUUGUUCCGUAACUUGGGUGAGGUCAUCGAGGAGCACGCCACCAAGAACGGCUGUUCCGUUGUGCGGACCUACGUCGGCCACGGUGUCAAUCAGUUUUUCCACUGUCAGCCAAACAUCCCACACUACGCGAAGAACAAGGCCAUUGGUAUUGCCAAGCCGGGCAUGGUCUUCACCAUCGAGCCAAUGGUCUGUGCGGGAUCCUACAGAGACAUCAGAUGGCCUGACAACUGGACGGCUGCGACUGUUGACGGCCUGUGGUCCGCACAGUUCGAGCACAUGUUGCUUGUAACCGAGGACGGUGUCGAGGUGUUGAGUGCAAGAAACGAAAAGUCUCCGGGUGGUGCUAUCCCACGAAUUGCAUAA